AUGCGCCGGGGGGCGAUCCACGGCCCAUUGGUGGCACAGUAUCUGGCCCGGGUGGCCCGGUUCAAGGAGAAACUGGCCGUGGCCAUCCAUAUGACGGCGGGGCAGCCGGCACGGGCCCCCGAGCUGCUCAGUGUGCAGUAUGUCAACACGCCGAACAACCAAUUCCGCAAUGUGUUCAUUGAGGAUGGGAUGGUGACACUGGUGACUGCAUACCACAAGGGCUUCCAUGCGAGCAACGACAGCAAGCUGAUCCACCGGUAUGUGCCACGGGCGGUCGGGGAGUUGGUGGUGUGGUACAUGUGGCUGGCGAUGCCAUUCAUUGACCAGUUGACAGCGUGGCAGGCCGGCACUGCGCAUGGCACGGUGAAUGGCACAUCGAAUGGUAUGUCAAAUGGCACAUCGAACGGCACAUUGAAUGGUAUGUCGAAUGGCACAUCGAAUGGUAUGUCGAAUGGCACAUCGAACGGCACAUUGAAUGGCACACAAGCCGGCACGGUGAAUGGCACGGUGUCACGGCGCUCUACUAGGAUAAUGGAACGUCCAACUCAUGGGUUCUACCUAGGUAGCUAUCGACGAGAAUAA